AAUCUAAGCAUUUUACCACAGGUUUCCCGUCCUCCUUCUCUGUUCCUCUCUUCCGUGUCACUGCCUGACUGUACUGUACACACACUCUCGCUUCUUCGUCACUCCCACAUUCUCUCUCUCUCUCUCUCUCCCUCUUUCUCUGUGUCCCGCCUAUUUAACCUUACCUUUACAAAUGCUCCCUCAAUUGCAAUCCUUUUUCCUCUCUCAAACUACCCCUAAAUUCUUUACUUUCCCUCUCUCCUCUCAAAACUCUACCACGACGGCUGCCGCCACUUCAUUCUCAUUUCCAGCUUUCAAGCCGCAGUCCGCUAUUUCUCUUAAACUCCAAACGGGAUUUACUUCCACAAUGACUUCAAAUUCAAAGCUUUCUGAUCACUCCGAUAUUCUUCCGUCAGUACUCACUGCCGCUGACCUUGAUCGCUUCGCCGAUGUCGCUAACAAGCUCGCAGAUGCCUCCGGUGAAGUCAUUCGCAAGUACUUUCGAAAGAAAUUCGAAAUUCUCGAUAAGGACGAUUCGAGCCCUGUAACAAUUGCGGAUAAAGCAGCUGAAGAAUCUAUGAUUUCAAUUAUAUUGGAGAAUUUUCCUUCUCAUGCAAUUUAUGGUGAGGAGAAUGGCUGGAGAUGUAAAGAAAAAUUCUCUGACUAUGUUUGGGUUUUAGAUCCAAUAGAUGGGACAAAGAGUUUUAUUACUGGCAAGCCCUUGUUUGGUACGCUCAUUGCUUUACUGCAUCAGGGUAAACCGAUACUGGGCAUAGUUGAUCAGCCGAUACUUAGAGAAAGAUGGGUUGGGAUAAUCGGAAAGAGAACAACAUUGAAUGGGGAGGAACUGUCUACACGCACUUGUGCAAAACUGUCACAGGCAUAUUUGUACACCACAAGCCCACAUCUAUUUAGUGGGGAUGCUGAAGAGGCAUUUGCUCGUUUAAGAAGUAAGGUGAAAAUGCCCUUAUAUGGAUGUGACUGCUAUGCUUUUGCUCUUUUGGCUUCUGGAUAUGUGGAUCUUGCCAUCGAAUCCGGUGUUAAGCCAUACGAUUUCCUGUCCCUCAUUCCAGUGAUAGAGGGUGCUGGAGGUAUUAUAACUGAUUGGAAAGGAGGGAGUCUUUUUUGGGAUGCUUCACCAAAUUCUCGUGCAACAAGUUUCAACAUCUUGGCAGCAGGAGACAAACAGAUUCACCAACAAGCACUGGAUACAUUACAAUGGCAUUAAAGAUUUUCACAAAGUUGUGCUCUUUUUAUCCCCUUCCCCUUUUUUCUUUCGGGUUAAGUGCACCAAAAUAGUAAAAUAAGGGAGCUAACCUUCCCUUUUUAAUAGUGAAAACUCUUGUGAUUGGAGACUCUUACCCCGAUCUUAUUUUUUACAUUCCUAUACAGUAGGAAAAUCACCAGACUACUGACUGAUGUCAAAUAUCUAUUUACUUUUAAGAGCUGGAAAUGAGCACAGUGGCAAGACGAGUUAAAUAAGUGAAAUGGAUUUAUCUUUUUCUUUUAUCAUUUA